AUGAGCACGACGCUGGUGAGGCCGAAGAAGGGAGUGGGCGGAAGAUUUGGAGGUCAACUUGCGCAACAGACGUUGCCUGACAUGGCGCCCUUCCGGGAGAUACAGUUGCCUAUCGUGGCUGCGCAAAAUCUUCCUGCUGCUCUAAUCGCGUUGAAAGUGGUUGGUGCCGCUCUCGCACUUCCCGCCCAUAUGAAGAAUAGUGAUCUAUAUGUGGAUCUAGCUCACGCUCAAUUUCAGGCUAUGGAGGCGAGUUUUCGCGCUCAAAAGGAAGGGGCGGAUAUCAUGGCAUAG